CCAAGGCCCCGCCCACAGAUCGCAAGGCACCUAGCUCAUACCGUGGAGCCCCGCCCCCUGGUGAAGCCACGCCCAUCACCGCAGGCCCGCCAGCCGCUCCCUGUCCUCGAGCUGUCAGAAGCCGAACCAUGGCGCAUCAGACCGGGAUCCACGGUACAACCCGCUCUCUGUAUCCUCUGUCCCUCCCCCCCGCCUGCCGGCCAUAGCUAGCUCAACAUAGGGAUAGGGAUAGAUUGCUGAACUGCUCUGCCAAUAGCUAGAUCUCCAUCUAUAGCUCUCUAUACACAACGCUAUCUAUCUAUACACAACGCUAUCUAUCUAUACACAGCGCUAUCCGUCUAUACACAGCGCUAUCCAUCUAUAGACAGUGCCUAUAGCUUUAUACACAGCGCUAUCCAUCUAUAGACAGUGCCUAUAGCUUCAUACACAGCGCUAUCCGUCUAUAGACAGUGCCUAUAGCUUCAUACACAGCGCUAUCCGUCUAUAGACAGUGCCAAUAGCUUCAUACACAGCGCUAUCCGUCUAUAGACAGUGCCUAUAGCUUCAUACACAGCGCUAUCCGUCUAUAGACAGUGCCUAUAGCUUCAUACACAGCGCUAUCCGUCUAUAGACAGUGCCUAUAGCUUCAUACACAGCGCUAUCCGUCUAUAGACAGUGCCAAUAGCUUCAUACACAGCGCUAUCCGUCUAUAGACAGUGCCUAUAGCUUCAUACACAGCGCUAUCCGUCUAUAGACAGUGCCUAUAGCUUCAUACACAGCGCUAUCCGUCUAUAGACAGUGCCUAUAGCUUCAUACACAGCGCUAUCCGUCUAUAGACAGUGCCAAUAGCUUCAUACACAGCGCUAUCCGUCUAUAGACAGUGCCUAUAGCUUCAUACACAGCGCUAUCCGUCUAUAGACAGUGCCUAUAGCUUCAUACACUGCGCUAUCCGUCUAUAGACAGUGCCUAUAGCUUCAUACACUGCGCUAUCCGUCUAUAGACAGUGCCUAUAGCUUCAUACACUGCGCUAUCCGUCUAUAGACAGUGCCUAUAGCUUUAUACACAGCGCUAUCUAUAGACAGUGCCUAUACCUUUAUACACAGCGCUAUCCAUCUAUAGACAGUGCCUAUAGCUUUAUACACAGCGCUAUCUAUAGACAGUGCCUAUACCUUUUAUACACAGCGCUAUCCAUCUAUAGACAGUGCCUAUAGCUUUAUACACAGCGCUAUCUAUCUAUAGACAGUGCCUAUAGCUUCAUACACAGCGCUAUCCAUCUAUAGACAGUGCCAAUAGCUUCAUACACAGCGCUAUCCAUCUAUAGACAGUGCCUAUAGCUUUAUACACAGCGCUAUCCAUCUAUAGACAGUGCCUAUAGCUUUAUACACAGCGCUAUCCAUCUAUAGACAGUGCCUAUAGCUUUAUACACAGCGCUAUCUAUCUAUAGACAGUGCCUAUAGCUUUAUACACAGCGCUAUCUAUCUAUAGACAGUGCCUAUAGCUUUAUACACAGCGCUAUCUAUCUAUAGACAGUGCCUAUAGCUUCAUACACAGCGCUAUCUAUCUAUAGACAGUGCCUAUAGCUUCAUACACAGCGCUAUCCAUCUAUAGACAGUGCCUAUAGCUUCAUACACAGCGCUAUCUAUCUAUAGACAGUGCCUAUAGCUUCAUACACAGCGCUAUCUAUAGACAGUGCCAAUAGCUUCAUACACAGCGCUAUCCAUCUAUAGACAGUGCCUAUAGCUUUAUACACAGCGCUAUCUAUCUAUAGACAGUGCCUAUAGCUUUAUAGAGCAGAGAAUCCCUCUAAUCUACUCCUCACUUUCACCACAAGACCACAGGAUCCUCCAUAUACUUUUUUUUUUUUUUUUCCUCUUCAUCCGGAGGAAAUGACGGAGAUAUGUCUGCCUUUUGUCAAGUUUUGUCAGAUGUAGAUAACAUACUAAUGCAUAGUCCCCUUUUCUGUCUUAGUAUAUCUGUUGACUGUGUAUACAGUCGAUGUGAUUAUUUCAUAAAUAUUUUAUCUUCAUGAGAUAAUUUUGCAAGGGGAGGGGGUUACAGAGCAGUUUUAAAUAGGUGCCAUAGCUAUUUUAGCAUAGAUUUAUGGGAGGUCCUCCUGCCUGUACUGAAAUAUGUAUUAUAUGUGUGUGUAACUAUGUCGUACAGCUUCUGUCGUACAACUAUAGGCCAGUAAGCCUUACUUCAGUAGUGGGGAAAGUGAUGGAAACCAUGUUAAAGGAUAGGAUUGAUGAACAUCUAAAAACACAUGGGUUUCAAGAUCAGAGACAACAUGGGUUUACUUCAGGGAGAUCAUGCCAAACUAAUCUUAUUGAUUUUUUUGAUUGGGUAACUAAAAUUAUAGAUCAGGGUGGUGCAGUAGACAUUGCUUACCUAGAUUUCAGUAAGGCUUUUGACACUGUUGCACAUAGAAGGCUUAUCAAUAAACUGCAAUCUUUAAGUUUGGAUUCCAAUAUUGUUGAAUGGGUAAGGCAGUGGCUGAGUGACAGGCAACAGAGGGUUGUAGUUAAUGGAAUAUAUUCGAAGCUUGGACUUGUCACCAGUGGGGUACCUCAGGGAUCUGUACUUGGACCCAUUCUCUUUAAUAUUUUUAUUAGUGAUAUUGCAGAAGGUCUUGAUGGUAAGGUAUGUCUUUUUGCUGAUGAUACUAAGAUAUGUAACAGGGUUGAUGUUCCAGGAGGGAUAAGCCAAAUGACAAAUGAUUUAGGUAAACUAGAAAAAUGGUCAGAAUUGUGGCAACUGACAUUUAAUGUGGAUAAGUGCAAGAUAAUGCAUCUUGGACGUAAAAACCCAAGGGCAGAGUACAGAAUAUUUGAUAGAGUCCUAACCUCAACAUAUGAGGAAAGGGAUUUAGGGGUGAUUAUUUCUGAUGACUUAAAGGUAGGCAGACAAUGUAAUAGAGCAGCAGGAAAUGCUAGCAGAAUGCUUGGUUGUAUAGGGAGAGGUAUUAGCAGUAGAAAGAGGGAAGUGCUCAUGCCAUUGUACAGAACACUGGUGAGACCUCACUUGGAGUAUUGUACACAGUACUGGAGACCUUAUCUUCAGAAGGAUAUUGAUACCUUAGAGAGGGUUCAGAGAAGGGCUACUAAACUGGUUCAUGGAUUGCGGGAUAAAACUUACCAGGAAAGGUUAAAGGAUCUUAACAUGUAUAGCUUGGAGGAAAGACGAGACAGGGGGGAUAUGAUAGAAACAUUUAAAUAUAUAAAGGGAAUCAACACAGUAAAGGAGGAGACUAUAUUUAAAAGAAGAAAAACUACCACAACAAGAGGACAUAGUCUUAAAUUAGAGGGACAAAGGUUUAAAAAUAAUAUCAGGAAGUAUUACUUUACUGAGAGGGUAGUGGAUGCAUGGAAUAGCCUUCCAGCUGAAGUGGUAGAGGUUAACACAGUAAAGGAGUUUAAGCAUGCAUGGGAUAGGCAUAAGGCUAUCCUAACUAUAAGAUAAGGCUAGGGACUAAUGAAAGUUUUUAGAAAAUUGGGCAGACUAGAUGGGCCGAAUGGUUCUUAUCUGCCGUCACAUUCUAUGUUUCUAUGUUUCUAUAUGUUUAAGUUAUAACAUGGUCUGACAGGAUGCACAGUCUGAUCAGUGUGCAGUGAGAUUUUCUCUCUAAAGCAGCAAACUAUUAUAAAUCGACCAGGGUAAAUAUCACAUUUAGACCAAAAUAACCUAGGUGGAAAGAAAAUAAUUAAGUCAGAUUUUACAUCCAUUUUGUGCCAAAAUUUAAAAUUCUUUGAUUCCAUAUUUAGUAAAUACAUGUAGGUAUCCAUUAAGUUUUUUUGCAUUUUGUUUUGCAUUUGGUAGUUUUAUGAUGUGUGUAUGUAGAGAUGAUAAACAAAGAUGGAUUAUAGAGGAGCGGAUACUCCUGUGAUAGUGUGAGGUCAAACUGAGAGUAACCAAUAGAGAAUGAUUAUUGAGAUUUGGUUCUGCAUUGUACAAUGUAACAAUGUACACAAUGUGUAGGCCAAACUGGGGCAAUUCUUUGAAGCGGUGAUAUGGUUGGAUCGGCUGAAUCUUUUUCGUUUUUUGUGUUUACAAUUGGUGAUGUCUAGUUUAAUAGUUUCAAUAGUAUUGUUUAUUUUUUUCUCGGAAAACAUUGCCAACAAUUCUUUUGCAUGGUUUAUUUACUUAAAGGGGUAUGCCAGGCAAUAAUUGUCACUUGACUGCUUUGAAGUGGUCAUGGUGCUUGGAGUGUGUAUCUGCAGUAUUUCACUAUGUAACACCACAUUGUUUAACCCCCCUUCUACUGGAGGUUUAAGUCCACCUCCGGCCGUGUUAUAAUUCUGGUUGGCUAAUGUGAAUUCUGUGCAUGUUUGGUGUCUACUAUAAACACAAACAGCCUGCUUGUGCCAGACAACCCCUUUUGUGCUGCUCAUAUCCUCCAUUUAUUCCAUCAUCUUAUAGAUUGGUGCGAUGUAUAAGGGAUGCUGAUGUCAGGCUGACUUGUAAAACUGAGUACAACCUACGUUUGAUACAGCAUCUUACAUAUUUAUCAGUGAAAAACCGUUCUUAUUGGCAAUGUUUUAGUCGAUUGCUGCUAUUCACAAAAAUACACUUUUCUAAAACUGCUCAUUUACUAAUUUUAAUUAAAGGGACACUAUAGUCAGCAGAACAACUACAGCUUAUUGAAUUUUAGUGAGUAGAAUCAUUACCUUCAGGGCUUUUGCUGUAAACACGGUCUUUUCUGAGAAAAUGCAGUGUUUACAUUACAGCCUAGUGAUCACUUCACUGGCCACUCAUCAGAUGGCUGUUAGAGAUCCUUCCUGGGUCAUGGCUGCCUAAAAUGCAUCCAAACAUUCAGUAUCUCCUCCCUCUGCAUGCAGACACUGAACUUUCCUCACAGAGAUUCAUUGAUUCAAUUCAUUUCUAUGAGGAGAUGCUGAUUGGCCAGGGUUGUGUUUGAAUUGUGCUGGCUCUGCCCCUGAUCUUCAUCUUUGUCAGUCUCAGCCAAUCCUAUGGGGAAGCACUGUGAUUGGAUCAGGCCACCACUUCUGAUGAUGUCAGCAUGCAGAUCUACAGCUUUUAGCUUGAAUACAGUAUGAUUCUGCUAUAUUUAUGGAGGCAUGAGGGGCCCAGGGGGGCUAGAUGGUGGUUUUAACACUAUAAGGUCAUGAAUACAUGUUUGUGUUCCUGAUCCUUUAAAUAACAUAAUUUUCAUAUAACUAAACUUUACAAUGUGGUUCCAUUUGUCACUGGUCUGAGCCUUUUUUCCUCCUCUUUUGUAACUUCCUCUCCACUGUUAUAAGCACGCCUAAAUCUGCAUUUAAUAGCUUCUGCAUGCUGAGUCUUGAAACUUUCAUGUGUCUUCAAAUUUGCCAUUAAACAGGAAAAACUGAGGUUCCACAGCCACACAUAUGGUGCAUUUUUGGUAAUAUAAAUAGAAAUGCAUGUUUAACCCUGCUGUCUAAUCCACAACUGUACGUGGUACGUCUUUCUGGGAAUAUAUAUAUAUAUAUAUAUAUAUAUAUAUAUAUAUAUAUAUAUAUAUUAAUGUUUAUCCCUGCAGGAUAUAUUUAUAUAAUGGUUAUUAAAAUGCAAUAUGUAUCAUUUUUAACACUUGAUACAAUGUCCAAUCCUAGCUGCCGUCACGAUUGAUGGCUGUGGGAUUCAGACAUCGAUCUAGGCCUCAGGGAUGUACAUUUGUACAUGUACGAGAGUACAGCACUGAGCAAUUUUUGCUAAAAGAGGUCGUGCUAGGCACACGUAUUCCAAAUGUUCUGUUUUUUCUCUAUGCAUUUUAAUGUAUCUUUUAAAUGUCACUAUUUAAUUUGUUUUAUAUUGACAAAUAACAGUGGUUAAAGGACACUAUAAGCACCCAGACCACUUCAGCACAUUGAAGUGGUAUAAGUGCAGUAUCCUUGUCUCCUGAACCCUACAAUGGUAAUUAUUGCAGUUUCCUGAGAAACUCCAAUAAUUACUUUGCAGGCUUAAGACUGCGUCUAGUGGUUGUCAAUGAGACAUCCACUAGAGGCACUUCCAGGUGGUUAGGCGACUUUUGGUCACCUAACUGACGCUGGAUAUCGUCAUGCUCUGCAAGAGGACAUCCAGCGUUGGUCAAUUCCCCAUAGGAAAGCAUUGCAGCAGGGAGCUAUAGUGCUAUAGUAUCCUUUUAAUAUUGAGAGCACAAAUUAGGAUGCUUGGGCACCAUGGGAAGUGUAGUCUGCAAAACACUGCAGUGCCUAUCUUAGCUUUUACUGACAUAUGGCAUAUAACACAAACAAAACAAAUGAUUCUGCAUGCAAAAUGAACAUAUUUAUUUCCAAUCUGCUUCAACAGGUUUAUCUGAGCAGCCAGCGAUUCCCAUGAAGACUUUGAAAACAACAAAACACCAGUAUCUCAAUUUGAGAUUCCGACAAACAAUACAGAGAGGUUCCCUUUCCUUAUAUAAACCUAGAUGGAUGGGCCUCUCUGUUUAUCGUGGUUGUUAUAUCCACCUGAUAUAACUUUGUGAUAAGACUGACAAUGACUGCUUUAACAGCAGGUGAUAAUGGUAUUUGUGUCCUGAGUGAGAGAAAUGAUUCUAUAUAUUGUGAAAUUGUCACCCAAACUUUCUCUGUAAAGUCUGUAAGGUAUCGCUGAGAUGCUUUAUAGAUGUUUGUAGAAUUUAAGAGCCAUUGCUUUUUUGGUCCUCCAAAGUGGUGCAUCCAUAAACCUCAAACUCAACAAUGUUAAGGUGUAGAAGUGAAAUUUUUAGGAGACAUGUUCCCUUUGCUGGUGAAUUUUGUGAAUCCCCUGUUAAAAUGACUUUCAAUAGGAUUUUCAUGUAAUAAAAAAUGAAUACCUGGGCUAUGUUUUCUAAACAGCGACUUGUGAAUAACAGACAAAAGUAUUUGCAAAAUAAAUGCCACAAAAUUAAAUAAAAUUCUCCAGCUCAGCUCGAAAUGUAUCAUUCCUUGUAUCAUUUCUCCAUAAUUUCUAGUGUCUUGUAGUGUUUAAGUGGAUUGGUCACUUUUGGGGGUCCUUGCAUACUUUAAAAAAGACCCCUAAAAUUGACAUAUUUUAUGAUGUUUUGGUAGGUGUAGAGGGGAAGUUACCUGAAGCUGUACCUCAUAGCCUCCGUAGUCCUUGCUCUGCAAAUUGUCUUCAGCUCCUGGUUUCGCCUGCCAGGAGCCAUGUCAGUGCUAUGCUCUCGUGCAUGUGUAAGUGUACACCUCUGAGGUCUAUGGAGGCCCACUGAAGACUCUAUAGAUGUCUGAAUCCCACAGCCAUCAAUUGUGAUGGCUGUGGGAUUCACGUUUUGUCCCUUAUAUGUCUCAUGGUAUUUUAGGAUUGCCUUUGAAUUUCAGUGUAAUCCCAAACCAGUUAGGAUCAGUAUUUCAUAGAGUUUGUAUUUUUUGAAAUACUGAAAAGUGAAAGGGCCACUCGAGCACCAAAACACCUUUAGCUUAAUGAAGUGAUUUUGGUGGGUGGAUCAUCCCCCUAAAGUUUCAUUGCUCAAUUUUCUGCCAUUUAGAAAAUAAAAGGACAUUCCAGACCCUCUAAAGCUCUUUAGCUUGCUGAAAAUCUUUGUGUGAAGAGUGUAUCCUCUUUUGUCAUUUUACUAAAAGUGCAAAUUUGAUAAAUUAACCUUGUUGCACCCCCUCCGGUCUGUCAAUCAGACAACUGGUCUUGUAACAUUCUGUUUUUUUAGCUCAGUGGGGAUAAACGCAUGAGGCAGACACUGCUGUAGAGAGCACCUGCCUAGCAAUGACCGCUCAUUGAGUUACAUUGGGAAGUAUGUGAUUGGACAGCUACAGAAAGUCUGGCCUGUUUAAGAAAGGUAGGGCAUGCAAAGCCUUCUGACAAAAUCUUUUUACAUAUAACCCAAGGGGAAAAAAAUCAUAACUAAAUGCUUGCAUGUUGUCAUUGGUAGCAUAUCUACUAAACUGUGAUAAAAAAUAUAUAUAUUUAUUGAUUGUUUUUUAUUUAUUUUUUUUUUCAUUUGGGCAGUAGUGUAUUUUUAAAUCAUUUUGUUUAUGCAGUCCUAGUAACACCUCCCCUGGAACUGCAAUGUUUAACAUUGCAGCACUAGGUGCAAAAGCGACACUGCACCCAGACCACUUCAAUGAGCUGAAGUGAUCUGGGUGCCUACAGUGUCCCUUUAAUUCAAUGCAUCUCUAUGAUGAGAUGCUGAUUUUCUUAAAUUGGAUAACAUACAAGCUUUAACUUUAAACUGGAUAACAUACAAGCCAGUAGGUUUACUCUAACCUGCUGGAAUAAUGCUGUAAACGUUUCUGCAGCUCCCUGCAAUUCAACAGGGUUACAAAGAAAUUGAUACAAUAAUGCUGUAGACUACUCGUAAUAACAAAAGUAUAUACUGUACUAAUACAGAAAAAGCUGAUGUCAAGGUGUGUUUACCUUUUUACCAUAAUGGUCAUAAUACCUAACAAUGUUUGUACAGUGAGGUGAACUUGUUCAAAUGUUUCUCCAGCUUCGUGUAAGAACCAUGCUUUUAGUCUUUACUUCCGGAGACAGACAACAGGAAGUGAACAGUACAAAUAAAAAAUAGCCCACCCCAUGUAUGAAAAGACUUAUGAUUAUCUGAUUUUCUUACGUGUAAAGUAUACCUUUAUUUUAGCUGCAUUUUUAUUUAAGAUUUGAUUUUCAUACCAAUGCAAUGAUAUUCCUAAAAAUCAUCAAACGUUCUUUGUAUUUACAACAGUGUGGUAAAUUGAACCUGCAAAGCUGAAUUUGUCAGCUUGUUUGCAGCUUUUUCAAUGCAGCAGCCCAGCCUUAUUAGCAGUGUGUCACGAACAUACCCAACCCCCCCCCUCCAGUUUGCUCUGAUAGCAUCACUCCCACUAGCCAGAUCUGAGUGGGCUCAGAUUUGAUGUUUAGAAAGCUAUUUUCAGUUCUCGGGAAUCUGAAAAGUGACAGAGCUGCUUUGUAAACCUGCUGUGUCUAAACCAGUGACGAUUAACCUUGGCACAGAACUGUUUCCCAUGGUCCUCAGUCAGUAAAAACAUUUCUGGGAUACAAACGUUAGCCAUCACUGGUCUAAAUUCCCAGUAUCCCAUGCGAGUGCUUGUAAAAUCUCGUUUGACCAUCCAACAAGUGAUAUUUUUUUUGUGUCCCAACAUUUUCCAUAUUCUUCAUGUGGACAUAAAUCGGUUUACCUCCCAUAUAUAAGUAUAAGAAAUCAUUUAAAUUUUCAUGCUGAUAGGCAAUACAUGAAGUGUUACUCUAUUCUUAUUAUUAUUAUUUUCGCCAUUUAUAUAGUGCCAACAAAUUCCGUAGCGCUUUACAAUAUUAUGAGUGGGGGAUUUAACUAUAAAUAGGACAAUUGCAAGAAAACUUACAGGAACGAUAGGUUGAAGAGGGCUCUGCUCAAACGAGCUUACAGUCUAUACGAGGUGGGGUGUAAAACACAUUAGGAAAGGAAAUAGCAAUCAAAUAAGGUGGGAGUGAAGCAGAGCUGGAGGAGAGAGUAAAGUGCUGCCCUUUAAGAGAGGGCAAGAGACCGGUAUGUGAGAUCUGUUGUAUGUAUAAUACACAUGUUGGCGAAGGAAAAUCGAAAAAGUAGGCUAGGCCAUUCAUUAUUUUGAUCUCUAUUGUGAAUGUUUUAAUUGGUUUACCUCUUGUGCCUUAUGUACAACACGGCAGCACUUUUCAUUUGCCCCCAUCACAAUAAAAACAUUAUGUGAUCAGGAGAAAAUUAUGGAUCUGUCAAACUUUGGCUUAUGGUGAAUGGUUAGAUUUGUUUAUCGAGUGUGAAAAGUCCUAUAUGUUUUAUUAUAUAAUGUGGACUUUUGUGACUUUUUAGUUAAAGGAAUACUCCAGACACAAGCUGUAUUGGUUAUGGUAGACCAACACUACCAUAAACCGGUGCUUCCAAUUGUAAAUUGUCAAGUAACAGCUUUACUUCUUACCUGGGGUCUGCCAGACGCAGCUCCAGCCUCAUCUCCAUUACAAGUAAAGCUGAUUAUGAGCUUCCAUUAGCUUUCUUGAGCAAAGCUCAGCAGUUCAGGGCCAACUCAUUGGCUAAGUGUCAACUGAUUGCUUUCAGUCAAUGAGCUAAGCUCAGUACCACUGGGCUUAGCUUAGGCAGAGACCUUCCAUCUCUCCUGUAGGGUGCCCAGCAGACUUCAAGUAAGAAGUCAAACCUAAAAUGGGAAAACAUACGGACAUUUGAGACACAACAAUCACUACAGUGAAUUUUAGUGGCUAUGGUGCUUGAGGUGUUUAUUAAUUUGGGCUCCUCCUUUCAUUAAUAACUAGCCUUUAUAUCUCUGGUAAAUGUGUGAUCCUGCGGUAUUGAAAUAUUUUAUCCACUUCUUUGGAAUAAGCAAUUUAUGAAUGGCUUUUGACUUGACUUGGACACAAUGUCCACAGAAACCUGACUUUAAAGGACCACUAUAGUGCCAGGAAAACAUACUCGUUUUCCUGGCACUAUAGUGCCCUGAGGGUGCCCCCACCCUCAGGGACCCCCUCCCGCCCGGCUCUGGAAGGGGGAAAGGGUUAAAACACCUUUUUUCGGCGCUGGAAGCACGGGAGGCUUCUCCUCCCUUCUCUCACUCUCAGUUUCCUCCUCCCCUGGGCUGAAUGCGCCCCGCGCGGCAAACUGCUGUAACGCGUCAGCCAGCUCUUUUCUAGAAGCAUUUUACAAUGCUUUCCUAUGGACGCUUUAACGUCUCACUGAAAAUCACAAUUGAGGCUGCAUCUCAGCGCUAAUGAGACAGCCACUAGAGGAUUAGGGGGAAGGCUUAACCUAUUCAUAAACAUAGCAGUUUCUCUGAAACUGCUAUGUUUAUAAAAAAAAUGGGUUAACCCUAGAAGGACCUGGCACCCAGACCACUUCAUUAAGCUGAAGUGGUCUGGGUGUCUAGAGUGGUCCUUUAAGCAUUGUGCAGAGUUGAAAAAAGUGGUUAGUAUUUUGUUACAAUGUUUGAUCUUUUUAGAAUAUUCCCACCGCUUCAUCUGAUCUACUAAGGCUUUUUGUUUGUCUUUUAAAAGCAGUCAGUAGUAGUGGGCAGCUGUGUGUUGUACCAACAGGUAAUGUAUUAAGGACUAUUCAUGAACACUGAAUUGACCACGUUGAAAAAUUUAGUUCAAGGUAACAGAGUUGGGAAACAACCAAAAACUUGUUUUUUGCCCUAAAUGCUUACAUUUUGCAAUUCUGUGUUUCACGUUCAGUGUAGAAGUUAUUUGUUGGUAACCAUAUAAAUUUUUUAAAUGUAGCUUCUACAGUGUAAGGAAUACAAAGCUGUAAUACAGUAUAGAUCCCUGAGGUUGCCUGAACCUACAUUUAGUUCUGUCGAACAGACCCGUACCCCCUGUUCGGGAAACAAACACAACUUGUGUGGUCCCCCGCUUUAUUGACUUAGAACACUGACCACCCCUGGCUGUUAACUGCAAUUAAAGGAUUAACUAGAGUGCUUUCCCUGGGUGGCUACCAUUUUGUCUCCCGAACACAGGCAGCAUGCAUGGAACUCAUUUCGGUUACACGUUCUUGCGAACCCCCGAUUUAAGAUGGUAUUGCUGCCUGUAUACUUUAGACGAACCACGUUCGGGAGAUAGGAUCUACCGACUGGGGGGAGUGUUCGCUACCUAAGAGCCAGGGGCAUCGUUCGUUGGUGUUCGUACAGGAACUCCCGCACGAAGACUGGCCACUGCCCUGGAUUCUCUGGAACUCUUUUGGGGGAUCACCUCGUGGCUGGCUGUUAAAAACUUCUCUCGAAUAGUAAUCCCGUUCCACCAAACCAAUCUAAGUGCUUGUCGGAUAUGUUGUGCGCUCAUUGGGGGUAUAAGAAUUGUGGGGUUCCUGUAAUGUUUUAUGCGGCAAAGUAUCCAAUGAUCUACUCGCUGCAAAAUCACGUGGUCAAUUCUCUAUCCUAAUUCUCCUUGACCUGUCUGCGGCUUUUGACACUGUUGAUCAUCAACAGCUUCUUUUUAUCCUCCGCAAUAUCGGUCUACAAGAUAUUGCUCUCUCCUGGUGCUCCUCCUACCUCUCCUAGCGCUCUUUCAGUGUUUCUUUCUCUGGCUCUGCUUCUUCUCCCCAACUCCUCUCUUUUGGUGUCUCCCAAGGUUCAGUCCUUGGUCCCCUACUGUUCUCCAUCUAUAUUGCCUCCCUUGGUAAACUCAUUAGCUCCUUUGGCUUCCAGUAUCAUUUCUAUGCAGAUGACACGCAAAUCUACCUGUCCUCUCCUGAUCUCUCCCCGUCCCUCUUGACUAGUGUCUCUGACUGCCUCUCUGCUGUUUCUAACUGGAUGGCUGCCCACUUCCUUAAACUAAACUUGACCAAAACUGAAAUUCUGGUCUUUCCUCCCUCAAGUGUUGUUACUCCUGUGUCUGUCUCCCUACAAGUCAACGGUGCUACCAUCAGCUGCACCACUCAGACUCGCUGCCUAGGUGUUCUCUUUGACUCCGACCUCUCCUUCAAGCCUCAUGUUCAAUAUAUCGCCAAAUCCUGUCAUUUCCAUUUUAAAAACAUUGCACGCAUCCGCCCCUACUUAACGCCAGAUGUGACUAAGGUGUUGGUCCAUUCCACUGUCCUUUCUCGCCUUGACUACUGUAAUCCGCUUCUCAGUGGUCUUACGUGCUCCCAACUUGCGCCGUUACAGUCCAUAAUGAAUGCGGCAGCGAGGCUCAUCUUCCUGUCCACCCGCACCUCCCAUCCCUUACCCUUCUGUCAGUUCCUACAUUGGCUUACUAUAAAAUAUAGAGCUCAAUUUAAAAUUCUGGUUCUUGCUUUCAAAUCUCUACAUAAUGCUGCUCCCACCUAUCUAUCCUCCCUUAUACACAAGUAUGUCAGGUCUAGGCCCUUACGAUCUGCUGAAGACUUACCUCUAUCUUCUGACCGUACUCCCACCUCUGAUGCUCGCCUUCAAGAUUUCUUGAGGGCUGCACUGUUCCUGUGGAACUCGCUUCCCUCCUCCGUUAGAUGCUCACCCAGUCUCCACUCCUUCAUAAAAUCGUUAAAAACCCACUUCUUCAUAAAAGCAUAUCAAUAGUCAAUUAAAGUGACUAUAGUCACCUGAACAACUUUAGCUUAAUGAAGCCCCUGCAGCCUCACUGCUCAAUCCUCUGCCAUUUAGGAGUUAAAUCCCUUUGUUUAUGAACCCUAGUCACACCUCCCUGCAUGUGACUUGCACAGCCUUCCAUAAACACUUCCUGUAAAAGCUUUCUUUAUUGCAAGUUCUGUUUAAUUAAGAUUUUCUUAUCCCCUGCUAUGUUAAUAGCUUGCUAGACCCUAGAGCCUCCUGUAUGUGAUAAAAGUUCAAUUUAGAGAUUGAGAUACAAUUAUUUAAGGUAAAUUACAUCUGUUUGAAAGUGAAACCAGUUUUUUUUUUCAUGCAGGCUCUGUCAAUCAUAGCCAGGGGAGGUAUGGCUAGGGCUGCAUAAACAAAAACAAAGUGAUUUAACUCCUAAAUGACAGUGAAUUGAGCAGUGAAAUUGCAGGGGAAUGAUCUAUACACUAAAACUGCUUUAUUUAGCUCAAGUAAUUUAGGUGACUAUAGUGUUCCUUUAAACUGUUAAUAGCUCCUGACUGAUUCCUCUUAUGCAACUGUCACUAGUCUAAUACUAUCCUUACCUUUUUGUGUCAUUUUACCCCACUCCCUCUAGCAUGUAAGCUCAUUGAGCAAGGCCCUCAACCCCUCUGUUCCUGUGCGUCCAACUUUUCUGGUUACAACUACAUGUCUGUUCAUCCACCCAUUGUAAAGCGCUGCGGAAUUUGGCACUAUAUAAAUAACAUAAUAAUAAUAAUAAUAAUAAUUAUUAUUAUUUUUGGGGUGUUUUGUGAUAUUUUCUGUAUUCCUUGUAACUGAGCGAUAAUUGAGUUAUCAUAUUUCCUAGCACAAUUAUCUCUCAGACCCAGAGACUCUUGGGGAAAACCCCUGUAAACUGCUGAAGAGAUCCCAUACUAUGUGGUUGUGCAUAAAAAGCUGUGUGUGGGCUAAUAAAAAUCAAUUGACUCCAAGAAAUGUGUGCCGUCCAGUUACUAGGGGAAUGGGUUAUAACCACUGAACAGCGUUUUUCAGCUCCCAAGGAUUCCAGCGGAGAUCUUAGGAUUGCAGCUCUGCUACUGAUCCCUCUUCCCAUCCCCCUCCUGCACAGAAGGGGUUAAAAAAACCUUUUAACACAAUUCUGACUCUGGGACUGUGCCCUGCCUCCUCCGUCAGGGGGUGGGGGCAGCGAAUGCCGCAAGUCCAUUAAGCCCACCCCUUAGGAAAGGAUUGCUUUAAUUCUUUUCUACAGGGAUUUAUGGAAGCUGGAUGUCCUCAUGCAGAGCGUGAUGAUGUCCACAGUCAGGGGGUCAAAAAUCGUCUUGCCACCAGGAAGUGCCUCUAGUUACUGUCUGACAGCCACUAAAGGCAGUCUUAGUCCUGCAAUGUAAUCAUUGCAGUUUCUAAAAAACUGCAGUGAGUUACUUUGCACCCAGACCACUUCAAUAAGCUGAAGUGCUCUGGGUGACUAUAGUGUCCAUAAUAUAUAGUAAACUGCAUUCUACAAUUUUCUAGACACUGCAUUGUAUAAGAGGAGUCUCUAACUGGGAAAAGCAGCGACAGUGUGAGAAACUUUUUGUUUGGGGACCUGAUGAGCAUGAAGUUUCUUCCCAACCACACGGACCCAGCUCUGCAUCUUAAACCAUAGGUUAAGAACAAUUGAUUUAGUGAAUACAUGUAUGGGUUUCUGAUUUUACCAAAAUUUAGCAAUAUUGCACCAUCCUUGUUAUGGAGUGUCCCACUUCUGUUCUGCAAGUUGCUGGCCUGAACCAGCUGUGGAAGUCACAGAAGGAACUUGAAGCUCUGUAACUGACCACAUGACAAUGUUACUUUUUGCAAGUCACUGUGUCACUAGUCUGGAAACUAAAUUAGCCUGUAAGUCAUCACAAAGGGAAGUGAUCAGGAAAGGAGCUAUGUUUAACAUAAAUAUUACUUCUGAUUCCUUAAAACAUCUUGGGGAUUGUAGUUGUAAAACAGCUGUCUCUCUCUAUGGGGCAUAUUCCUUCUUGAGUGAUUUUAAAGAAACACUCCGGGUACCACAACCUCUGCAACACCCUGCAGUGGUCAUAGUGCCAGGAGUGUCCUGGUGGAUCGACAUUAUAAGUAGUCAAAUCUGUUGCUAAUGACUUGACUUCUUAGCUGGCGGCCUCUGACUGCCUGAGCUAAACCCAGCAAUGCAGGUGCUAGCUUGUUGUCUGAAAGUGAUCAGCUAAUGCUCUCAGCCAAUGAGCUAGCCCUGCUGUGCAGAGCGGAAUCUUCUAGCUCUCAUUACAAGAAGUGGAGCGUCAGGGACUGGAGGUUAGUAAAAUACUUACCUAGGGGCUUCCAGGGCACUUCCGACACCAUAACCAUUACAACAUGCUGUGGUUAUGGCGCUUAGAGUUCCUUUCAUAAAUGCCAGCCAUAUAGCUUAAAGGGACACUAUUGGGUCUAUAACCAUUUUAUCUGAUUGAAUUGGUUAUAGUGUCUGCAGUCAUCUUUCACUCUCCCUCUAUUGCUAAACCAUUUUUAAGGAAUAAAAAAAUAAUAUACACAGGCCUCCACUGGAGGUAAUACUAAGGCACAGACUACACACUUCCUAGUCAUACUGAUGCCGACCAAUUGCUGCUCAGGUUAAAACUUGCUUAUUAGCCCAAGCAGCACAGAGGAAAUGGGCUGCUAGGCACUUUUGUUUAUCAUUUAUAAUGGCUGAAACGAAUACCAUAGCGUUAACAAUACAAACCUGUAGUCAUAGGGCUAUAGUGCCCCGUCCCUAGUUAUAUGCAGAUCAUCUCUCACCCCCCCAUGUGCAAUAAACAUUAAUAAAAUAAGUUUUACUUAACUUUUCCCAGGCAUGGCUUCUUCCAGGGAUGGUCCAAUCCAAUGCUCUUUAUAUAGGAGAAUUGAGGACCUGACUCGUUUUGACCUUGGGCACAUCUAAGCUUCUCCAUAAGAAAGCACUGUAUUCAGUGCUUUCCUAUGAGCUUCCGUAUCACAUGACUGAGUUUUACACGGCCAGAGCAGCAGAAGAGCCUCUAGUGGCUGUCAGGAAGAUGGUUAAAUCCACUAGAGCUGGAUUUAACCAUUCAGUGUAAACAUUGCAGUUCCUGCAAAGAAAAAAAAAACAGUGCAGUGUUUAAAGGACAGGACCACUACACCCAUACCACUUCAUUGAAAUGAAGCGGUGUGUCUGACGUUUAUAUUUCUGCCUAGUAAUACCUCUUGUGGCAGUCACUCAGAAGGCCACUAGAGAUACUUCUUAUACUUCUUAGUCUAGUGCAUUACAACCUAUGGGUACCUCCAGUGGCCACUCCUCAGAGGACCACUGGAGGUUCAUUAUGGGUCAGUGCGGCACUGACAUCUCUGCAUGGAGGCGCUGAAUGUUCCCCAUAGAGAUGCAGUAAUUCGGUUCAUCUCUAUGAGAAGAUGCUAAUUGGCACAGCGUAGUAUUUUGCCAAUCAAGCAGAUGAGGAAAGCCUUCCAGUAAAAGGGAUUUAUUACAUUUAAAACAAUCAAUAAAUAAAAACAAAUACUGAAGAAUAUCAGGGCAAAGCUUUCCUACUUUUUAAUUGCAAAUAUUUUACAAUCUCAUACAGUAGGUCUAUUCUUCUCCUAUAGCUUUUCCUGACUUUGGCUAGUCCUACUUUUAAUUCAGUAAUUUUAUUAAUCCAUGGACACCUGUGCAAAAUAUCAUGAUUUCAAUCUGAGGAGCGCAAGCAUGGCUAGUGUGAUUUUAUGGGGAUUUUGCGGUGGUCCUCAGAAACAGUACUCAGAGUAUGAACAUGGUACAGCAGGAGAGAAUCUGAAAUAAAUUAUUAUGACUAAUGGUAUAUGUAAAUGCGACUUAUAAAAAAACAUAACAAGUCUGUAAUCUUUCCAAUACACGCAUUUACUCAGCAUGAAAAACCCUGUAUGAUCCUAUUGGUCCUACUAAUUAGUCACAAAUUGACACCACAAAUCAAAUUUGGACAUAUUUCUCUCAACAGUUUACUUCUCUGUAACUCCAUUUCCGAUGUCUAGUAAGGUUUGAUAUUUAAAACCAUAUUUAGCUAUAGUUGUGCUCAUUUUUCCUCUUCUUUGAUCUCCUUAUCUGUCAUUGUCUCUCUGUAGAGAAGACAGAUUUAAAGCCACCAGCCUUUCUGGUGUUAUUUUGCAAUGUGUCAUGAACUACCAGCUGUGACUGUCAGGGUCACCUCUUAUGAGCCACAGGCUAUUUCUAUUACCGUAUAUAUUGUGUAUCCUAGAGACUUAAUGUGUUUUUGUGUCUCUGUCACAAGGUAUUUGUAAAAACAUUCACCAGGGAGGGGAUGUACCUAGAAAGAGAGGGCCUUGGGUGCUAUGAUUGGACUUAAAUCACCCGGCUUUAUUCUAACACUCCAUGCUGUACCAUAGAGUUGCACUGAUGUAAGACCAGUGCCCUGUUUGUCAUGGUAUUAAAUUUACAUACUGCUACAUGACUUCUUUGCUCCCCCCUCCCCUCCCCUCCCCUCCUUGCCAAAGCCUCAGCUAUAUUUGGGAGUUUUAGCUGACGGGAUGGUGAUCAAGUUUAGCAUAUGCCCUCAUACAUAAUUCUCAUUUUGUAGCUGAUCUGCGGCAAGAGUUCUGCCUCUGCUCUUCAGAGUCUCAGUGAAGUGUUUGGUGUUUUUCGAAUUGUAUUUUCCUUUGAUAGCCGACUCACCGGUAUGUUCUUGGUUCUUAUAGCUACACCGGAACUGAAAGAUUUCUUUGCAAAGGCACGCAAUGGAUCUAUACGGCUCAUUAAAGUGGUCAUUGAAGAAGGUGAGUUGUGACUGAUGAGAUUGUGGUUUUGUGUACAAAGGUCUAAAAACAGAAUUAGAACAUGGAAUUAUAGUUAUUAACCAUUGAAGAAGUGAUAUCUGCACUAUGUAUAAACGUGGUAGCUGCAGGAAUAUACGUUUCGUGAGGAUUAUUCGCUGAACCGGAAAUUAAGGAGAAUUGCAAGCGAAAUGAAAUUUUAAGGCCAAAGUUUUUUCCAAUUUGACUUUUUUAGCAUAAAAUUUUAAAUUUCCUUCUCAAUUAUCCAUAAUUCCUGGUGUGAAUAAAUCCUUGUGUGAACAGAAGUUCAAAUAUAGAGUUUAAAUGUACAAAAUGCAGUUUCAUAUAUGUAAUACAUUUAAGUAAAAAAAGUUUAUUCAUAUUUUUGUGAGAUUCUAUUCAUGAAAAACCAACAGAUGCCUUGGUACACUGAGGAAUACAAGUUUGUCUCUUUUAGUCUUUUUCCCUUUGGGAAGGAGGCUAGUGAAUUUAUCAGAAUUGUUACCUACUGGAACGGUUUUAAGAUCCUCAUUGCUAAUAUACUAAUGCAUUUAAUCAUUGCCUUGUUUUACAUUGUUUCAUUUAAAACAGACAGCCUUGCCAGAUUUAUUUUUAAAGUGUGCCACCAGAUCUCCAAAUGUAAUAUAUAAGGGUUGGGAAAAGAAUGAUGUAAUAAGUAAACUAUUCUUUGGGAUAUUUUCCCUAUAUUGGGGAUUGUCAGCAUAAUUCAGCUUGUAUACCAAAUAUUGCCAAGUUAGAAAAAAAUAAUAAUAAUCAGAAUUCACGUUUUAUAAGACUAUUUUGUCUAAAAUCUGCUGUUCCUUCGUGAAUUCUCUACCUAGUUUGUUAAAUACACCCUACAUGAGUAAAUGUAUUCAUAUACUGACUAGAAGAUAUUUGUUAAAUCCUGUUUUCAGUAACCACCCUGUUUGGGGAUGCGUUUUUUUAUUUUUAUUUUUCUAUGCCAACAUAUUUAGUAUUAUUCCUGCUUUAUCUCAUUAUUGUUCUUCCUGUUCAACUUGUAAACAUUUCCAUUGUUUUGAUUAAAGCAUUAGGCCUGCUGAUUUAACAGAUUCUCCUAAGCUCCCCCUAUUGCUGCUUUUAUGACAAUGAGAUUGUCACUUUUUUGUUUAAAAAAAUAAAUAAAAUAAAAAAAACCAAAUCUUUAAUUUCAAAGAAACAAAAACCCUCUGUACCUUGAAGAAAGUAUGUUUUAAAGAAAAUAGUCUCACCUUCCAGUAUGUCCAGUCUCUACAUUUCAAAACUUAUUUUAGACCAUUGGAAUGUGUAAAAGUAGACAGAGAAGGCAUAUGCAGAUGUGUCUGAGGGCUAUCUGAGAGGGUAAAUUUUGUUAUUGGGGUAAAUAUUUUCUAGAAAGCCGAGCCAAAAGCCAGCUCAUGGAAAAUCUUUGUGAGACGGUCUGGAAUGUGCCUGCUUAGAAUAGCAAAGCGGGUGAUAAACACAUUGACCAUUUCUACACAGGGAGACAGAGGAUAUCAGCUUCUCCUGGGAACAGACUCCAUGAACAGUAUUGCAAGGUCACUUGCACUAUGUACCAUUUCUUGCCCUCUUGACCUUAGAGAUAGAAGAGAUUUUCCUGAUAUUCUUCUUUGAGUAUCUUGGCUUGUCUGUUCUUUUAUCAAACAUGUCCCCAAGAAUAGAAUUUAAGGACUUUCACCACCACAGUAAGCAAAAUUCACCUGUGGUUUUUGAAACUCUGGCCUGUGGAUGGGUCAUGUAGACAGAAGUGAAAUACAACACUUUAAUCCCUUAAGGACCAUUUAAAAAAAUGUUUUAUUACCAUUGUGCUGCCAAUUUAUCACUAACUCAGUUCAAUGAUAAAACCAGCUGAAUUACAGAAAAAAAACUUUCUUCAGUUACUUGUUGCCGCAACUCCAGUACCACAGGGGAUUUGAAUAUGUAACACAACGUGGACACUUACAUGAUUAAAUGUAUCCCAGAUCCUAAUAUUGCUGCUGGAUUAAUCCCAUAUGUAGAAAUCACCAAAGCCAGCCAAACCAUUCUCGCUCAUAAGGAUCUCAGAAUAAUCCACAAGUUAGACCAUGGAAGGUGCAUACUUUAUUGUAAAUAAAAUAGUUAACAACAUUCCAUAAAUAUAUGGGAAGACCUCAUAGGUAACAGGCACUCCAAAAUCUUUAAACACAUGUCAAUUAAUUCAGAGUCCAGUGUUUGCAAAAUACAAAAAAAUGCAAUAAAAGGAAAUACCUGCACCUGCCAAAGGGGGUGGGGGGUCAUGGGACAAAAAUAUGAAAAAACUUACAGUAACUCUGGACUUGUUUUGCGCUUUUCUUGACGCUUUAUCAACAUUAUUCAGCCGUGAUUUAAAUGACCAUUUUAGGAAUUAAACCCUUUUUUGUAUCAGUAAUGUCCCCUACACAACUCUUUAUCUACGCAGAUUGAUUAAAAUUAAAAAACAGCAGAUUUCUAAUUGUUGCUACAUACCUCUCCCAUACUAUUUCUGGACCUCACUAAUAUAAUUUCCCUUUCUCUCUACUACCACCUAUUAAUUCCCCUGUAUAUUCAAACGCUAGCCACCAUCCCUUCCUUUAUUUUAAUACUCUUUUCCAUUUGCACUGCCUUCUAACCAAUUUGUUUACGUGGUCAUUUAUUUCAUUUGUGGAUUCCCUUCCAUUUUCCCCUUCAAACUUGCAGGAUUAUGCAAUUGGCAGUUAGCUAUCCUCAUUGGGUACCCCAGGACACAGCUGCAAUUGCCUGAGUGUGUGCUUCUAUGACAGACCUAAGGUCCCAAAAACCUUACUGUGUUGGCUUUCACGUGUGCAAAGUUACAGCUGCCAACUUAUAGGUUUAUAUAUUUUGGGUGACGGUGCUAUGUCUGUUUUAUUUAGGUGUCUAGAUGUGGCUAUGUUGUCAGUAUAAUGAUUUUCAGUUUUUUGCCUGCCUGCAGAACAGCUGAUGUUAGGAGCUCAUAAAGAACUCCGGCUAAACUGGGACCAAGAUUAUGAUGCACUGGUGCUCCCGUUGCUAGAUGAGACUGAGCCGUGUUAUAUCCUCUAUCGCCUUGACAGCCAGAAUGCCCAGGGAUAUGAAUGGCUUUUCUUGUCAUGGUCACCUGAUAACUCCCCGGUAAGAUGAAUUGUUCCAUUUCUAUAACAUUAAAAUGAUCCCCUAUUUUUGAAUAAUGCCCAAAACCACAGCACUCUUGCACUGUAAUAGUGAUGGCUAAAACUGAUAUGACUGAUGUUUCAGAAUUCUAGUUUCAGAAUUUCUGGUUUUUGCUGAUUGAGCAUUGUGAAACACCACCGCACUAUACAAAACACUUUUAUAUUUGCCAAAGACUGUGGCCCAUAUUUAUUAUUAUAUUUUAUUUCUGAAGUGCCACCACAUUCCACAGUACUGUUUAUGGCUACAAAUAGUACAAGUAGACAUACAAAGUUAUAGUACACCUGAGACAAUAUAACAUUUAACAAAUGAAUACAGGAAAAGUUGAAAGCGUUAUUCCUGUGGAUACUUUAUAUGGUACGAGGGGUGAGUAACACGAGGUGGGCCUGCAAAGGUGAGGAAGAUGUUAAUACAGAGUAAGAUGAGGGCAUUUAUUGGUUAAGUGGGAAUGCAUUACUUGCUGGGUUGAGUGGUAGGCUUCCCUGAACAAGAAUGUCUUUAGUGAGUGCUUAAAGGAUGGCAAGCUAGGGGAAUAUCCAACAGAGCAGGGAAGUGCGUCCCAGGGGUUUGCUGCCGCACACGAAAAAAUCCUGCAGUCUAACAUGGGGAGAGGUUAUAAUCAAAGAUACAAGUUGGAGGUCAUUGUUUGAUCUCAGGGGACGAUGGGCUGGAGUAUAUUUGGGAUUAGUGAAGACUUAUGUGGGGAGCAGUAUUAGUAGGGGAAUUUUAGUGAGGACAACUAGUGGAUAGCAACGUUAGAAAGGGCUUUAUGUCAGUGUGAGAAUUUUGAAAUUGGUCCAGCUGUGCAUGGGAAGCUAGUGAAACGUUUUACAGAGAGGUGCAGCAGGUAUGGAACAAUGGGUAAAGUGAAUGAGCCUGGCAAAAGCAUUCAGGCUAGACUGAAGAAGGGGGAAGCGGCAUUGAAGAAGGCCAGUUAGUAGGUUAUUUCAGUAGUCAUGACAAUACAUUCAAAGGGAUUGGAUGAGUUGCUUAGUGGUGUCGGCGCUCAGAAAGAGACUCAUUUUGGCUAUAUUGCGUAGAUGGUUAAGAAUUUUUUUUGUGAACCCAAGAGAGAGCAGUGUGGCAGAGGCCAAAAUAAAAGUCUGUAGGAGGAGAGGGAAAUCAACUGUGUCGAAGGCAGCUGAGAGGUCAAGUAACAUGAGAAUAGAUUAGUGGCCAGUGUUUUUAGCAGAAAGAAGGUUUGUAACCUUGGUGAGGGCAGUUUCAGUUGCGUGUUGGGGACAGAAGCCAGAUUACAGAGGAUCAAGCAGGGAGUUGGAGGUCAGGAAGUGAGUUUAGUAGUUGUCAACUAGUUUUUCCAGGAAUUUAAAUGUUAAUGCAAGCAAUUUUCAGAAAUAUUACCUGUGCCGCGCGCUACAACAGAAAGGCAGCGGGAGAUUAGAGAGGUCAAUGCGUGGCUGAAGUCUUGGUGCAGGAAAGAGGGUUUGGGGUUUUUAGAGCACUGGGAUGAUUUUGCGCUUGGGUACAAUCUGUAUAGUCGUGAUGGAUUGCACCUAAAUGGAAGAGGGUCUGCUGUGCUGGGGGAUACGAUGGCUAGAAAGUUGGAGGAGAUUUUAAACUGGUAGUAGUGGGGAGGGUCAUAGCAAUCUAGAAAAUGGAGAUAGGAUAUGUGCUUUAUCUCCGUAUAAGGGGGGUGGAGAUGGCGGGACGGGAAAGCUCAAAACAGAGGAGGUAUGUAAUAUUGAUGAAAAUUCACAAAAAGUACAAAUGACUCAUGAUCAUAUUAAAUGUAUGUUUACUAAUGCAAGGAGCCUAUAUUACAAAAUGGGGGAACUAGAGACAAUAGCAUACACUACUAAACAGUAUGAUAUAAUAGGCAUAACCGAAACAUGAUGGAUUGAGACACAUGACUGGGCAGUUAAAGGACCACUAUAGGCACCUAGACCACUUCAACGGUCUGGGUGCCAGGACCCUCCAGCUUUAACCCUGCAGCUGAAAACAUGGCAGUUUCAGAGAAACUGCUAUGUUUACACUGAGGGUUAAUCCAGCUUCUAGUGGCUGUCUUAACAGCCACUAGAGGCCGCUUCCGCGAUUCUCACUGUGAAAAUCACAGUGAGAAGACGCUGGAUGUCCAUAGGAAAGCAUUGAGUAAUGCUCUCCUAUGGGCUGGUUGAAUGCGCGCGCGGCUCUUGCCAUGCAUGCACAUUUGACGAUGACGUCAGCAGGAGGAGGGGAGUUCCCCAGCGCUGGGGAGCCUGGCGCUGGAGAAAGGUAGUGGCUGAGUGGAGGGGGGCCAUGAGGGUGAGGGGUCCUAAUGACCCUAUAGUGCCAGGAAAAUUAGUUUGUUUUCCUGGCACUAUAGUGGUCCUUUAACUUAAAUGGAUACACGUUAUUUAGGAAGGAUAGAAAAAACAAGAAGGGUGGUGGGGUAUGUUUGUAUGUUAACCAUGAGUUAAAGUCAAAUCUUAGGCAUGUGGAGUGUGACGAGGAAAAUGUGCAAGCUUUAUGGGUAGAUAUCUGCUUGGAGCAAACAAAGGGAAAUAAAUUAUUUGUUGGAAUAUGUUAUAAACCACCUAAUGUUAAUAUUAUUAUUAAUAAUAUGAGGAAGAACAGCUGUUAGAGCAAAUUGGGUAAGCUGCAAAUUGGGGUAACACUUUAAUUAUUGGAGAUUUUAAUUACCUGGACAUAAAUUGGGAUAGAGUGACUAGUAUUUCAGCAAGGGUAAUCAGGUUUUUGAAUGUGUUAAAUGACAUCUUCAUGUCACAACUGGUACAAACGCCAACUAGAAAGGAUGCUUGUCUGGAUCUCAUUAUAACCAGCAAUGUUGAUCUUUUGACCAACAUUCAAGUCGGGGAGCAUUUGGGAAAUAGUGAUCACAAUAUGGUAAUUUUUAAAAUAAACUCAAAAAAGCGAAAAGCACAUGGGGUAUACUAAAACGUAUAAUUUUAAAACCGCAAAAUUCAAUAAGAUAAGGGCAGCUUUACAACAUAUCGACUGGCAUAAACUCCUUGAUGAAAAAAACACUGAGGGUAAAUGGAAACUAUUCAAACAAAUAUUAGAAAAGUACAUUUUUUACUAUGUACCAUUGGGUAAUAAAUAUAUAAAAAAAAAAACAAAUUGAAACAAAUGUGGCUUAGUAAAGAAAUAAAACAACAUCGGAUGAGCAGAUGAAAAGACCCGUACUGCCGGCGGCUAGCUCCGGUGAUGACGCUGAUAAAGAAGACCCUGCAGAACCCACUCAACCUGGCGGACAUUUGCAAAAAGAUGCUAGACCCUUUUUAUGUUUAAAGCACAUCUUGCAGUUCCUCACCUUACUGUUGGGACGUCUCAUCUUCCCACAUAUCAUUGGCGUGUCUAACGAUAUUAUUACUCAAGCGAUGAUAUGUUAUCAGCCAUACAAAUAGUACACGUUUAUUGUUAGUCUCUCUAAUAACUAAUCAUACUGUUCUCUCACGGUGUAAACUCUGCUAUGAAUAAUCGCUAUAAAUAGCUUAAUAAUCUACAUGUAGAUUCUCUUGAGCAACUACCAGUACACCUAGCAUAACCUGCAAUAGGAACACCUCACUCUAUAGCACUAAACUUAUAUUUCUCUGCUAUGUUUAAUCUUGUACUUUACCUUCUAUAUGCAGCAACACAGAACAACACUUAGAUAAGCAAUGUUAUUAUAUAUAAAAUUGUGCAGUAUCCACUAAUGCCUAACUACUGUCAAGCUAUGUUGAAAAAUGCUUACUCUAGCUGUUGUGGCAUUGUAAGCCAGUUGUGAAUUAUGUAUGCACAAAUAAAAUAAAGAAUUUAAAAAAAAAAAAAGAAAUAAAACAAGAGAUUGAAAAUAAGAAUAGGGCAUUUAAAGCAUUUAAAUCGGACAAAUCAGAGGCAUCCUAUAUAAGAUAUAAGGAAGCAAAUAAUGCUUGCAAAAAGGCAAUUAAAGUGGCUAAACUAGAAAUUGAUAGCCAAAGAAUGCAAAACCAACCCCAAACAUUUUUUAUUUUUUUUUAAAGACUUCAAUUCUAAAAAAAAAAAUGAAAAAUGAAAGUGUAGGUACACUGUAAACAGAGAUCAGUCUGUUAGCUAAUGAAGACAAGGAAAAGGCAGAAAUUUUAAAUAACUAUUUUUUCUUCAGUAUAUAUUAAUGAGGAUCCUAUGGCAAGAGAUAUGCAAAUGAUUGCUGCAAAAAACUGGCAGAUAACUUGUGAUUGGAUGAUUCGAAACAAGGUUUCUACAGCAGUUAAAGAAAAUUCAUAUAGAUAAAGCUCUGAGGUCUGAUGGUAUUCACCCACGAGUACUUAAGGAGCUAAGUGGGGAAAUAAGUGAACCUCUGUAUUUAAUUUUUCAAGAUUCUUUUGUUUCAGGUAUUGUACCAGAGGAUUGGAGGAAGGCAGAUGUCGUUCCUAUAUUUAAAAAGGGUUCAAAAUCCUUGCCUGGAAAUUAUAGACCUGUGAGCUUAAACUUCUGUGACUGGGAAAAUAGUUGAAGGGCUAUUAAGGGAUAAUAUUCAGGAAUUCAUUGGGAAGAACUUUGUUAGCAAUAAUCAGCAUGGUUUUAUGAAACAUAGGUCAUGUCAAACUAACCUAAUUGCAUUCUACAAAGAAGUAAGUAGAAGUAUAGAUCAGGGUGUUGCAGUGGAUGUGAUCUACUUGGAUUUUGCCAUUGCUUUUGAUACGGUUCCUCACAUUAGGUUAGUCUUCCAACUAAAAGAAAUUGGUCUAGAUGAUAAUUCUUGUUCUUGGGUAGAACAUUGGCUUAAGGAUACCUGUUCUAAAGAAUAUCAUGGCACUAUAAAAGUGCAGAGACGCGUUACAAAAUUGAUAAAAGGAAUGGAGCAUUUUAGUUAAGAAGAAAGGUUAAAAUGUUUUAAUUUCUUUAGUUUGGAAAAAUGGCGCCUCAGAGGGGAUAUGAUAACAUUAUACAAAUAUAUUCGGGGCCAGUACAAACCAUUACCUGGAAAUCUAUUCAUAAACAGGGCUAUACAUAGGACACAAGGUCACGCAUUUAGGCUGGAAGAAAGGAGAUUUCAUCUAAGGCAAAGAAAAUGUUUUUUUAACAGAGCAAUAAGGAUAUGGAAUUCUCUGUCUGAAAAGGUGGUUUUGUCAAAGUCAAUACAGAUGUUUAGACUGCAAUUGGAUAAAUACUUGCAAUAACAUACAGGGAUAUAAUUUCUAAUUAGUGGGGUAAUAGCUGCUUGAUCCAAGGAAACAUCUGACUGCUAUUUUGGUGUCAAGAAGGAAUUUAUUCCUAGUUUGUUGCAAAAUUGGAAGCGCUUCAGACUAGGUUUUUUGCCUUCUUUUGGAUCAACAGCAAAAACAUAUGUGAGGGAGGCUGAACUUGAGGGACGCAAGUCUCUUUUCAGCUAUGUAACUAUGUAAGCAGUAAUAUAUGGGGUAGUUUGUAGGAGAAUUAGGGUCAAAGGAGGGUUCCUUGAUCAUGGGAGUGACAUUUGCAUGUUUGAAAGAGGGUGGGACCAAACCAGUAGAAUGGGAUAGGUUGAAGAUGUGUGGGUGAAAGACAGAGAAGGCAUUAGAUGUUGAGGGAUAGGGUCAAGCAGACUUCUUUCUUGAAGCACAAAGUAAAGAACAAACUACAUCCUCUCUGGCUGGGGGGAAGAAGCAGAGAGUUGCAGUGGGGAUGAUUGGAGGUGGAACAUUGCAAGCUAGUGUUGUUUCUGAUAGUGUUUUUUUUUUUUUCUCUUAAUGCUCUGCAAGGUCUUGAGCAAUUAUGUUUGAUAUGAGAUACAGUCAGGUUUUCUUGAGUUAAAUGUUUUUAGAUGUGUUCAUUUAGCCUUCCAACUUUUCAGUGGUGCGCAAUUGCAUAAGUCCUUUAGCAUGCUCCAUUGUGCCUUUUAACCUUGGUAGUGACUGCUACACUAUGAAUUCAGCAAUUUUUGAAACAUAAUCUUCUCUGGCUAAAUCAGUACUUUUAUUCAAGUGCUUGUUUGGUUUGUAUCUUUCUCAGUUUAUCUUCCCUUUUAGAAAAGUUUAGAUUUAUUUUUGUCUGCAAAAUGCGGACAAAGUAGAAUGAGGAUUGGAAGUGAGCCCACAAGCUUCAUAGAAACAGGCUUUAUUCACUAAAUUGAGAAGUGACAAUGGAGCCUGCAAAAUUUAGAGUAGAAUAUGUGAGCUUAAAGUGAAAAAAUUACCUUACCUGAAAUUGCUUCCAUAUACAUUGAAUACACCAUACAGUGAGGGAAAAAAAGUAUUUGCUCCCCUGCUGAUUUUGAACGCUUGCCCACUGACAAAGAAAUGAUCAGUCUAUAUUUUUAAUGGUAGGUGUAUUUUAACAGUGAGAGACAGAAAAACAAAAAACAGAAAAACGCAUGUCAAAAAAGUUAUGAAUUGAUAUGCAUGUCAAUGAGUGAAAUCAUUUUUUGACCCCUUCGACUUAGUACUUGGUGGCAAAACCCUUGUUGGCAAUCACAGAGGUCAGACAUUUAUUGUAGUUGGCCACCAGCUUUGCACACAUCUCAGGAGGGAUUUUGUCCAACUCUUUUUUGGAGAUCCUCUCCAAGUCAUUAAGCUUUUGAGGCUUACAUGUGGCAACUCGAACCUUCAGCUCCCUCCAGAGAUUAUCUAAGGGAUUAAGGUCUGGAGAAUGGCUAGGCCACUCCAGGACCUUAAUGUGCUUCUUCUUGAGCCACUCCUUUGUUGCCUUGGCUGUGUGUUUUGGGACAUUGUCAUGCUGGAAUACCCAUCCACGACCCAUUUUCAAUGCCCUAGCUGAGGAGAAAGAGAUUCUCACCCAAGAUUUGACGUUACAUAGCCCCGUCCAUCGUCCCUUUGAUGCGGUGCAGUUGUCAGGUGCCCUUAGCAGAAAACCGCCCCUAAUGCAUAAUGUUUCCACCUCUAUGUUUGACGGUAAGGAUGAUUUUCUUGGGGUCAUAGGAAGCAUUUCUCCUCCAAACAAGGCGAGUUGAGUUGAUGCCAAAGAGCUCGAUUUCGGUCUCAUUAGAUCACAACACUUUCACCCAGUUCUCCUCUGAAUCAUUGGCAAACUUCAGACGGGCCUGUUCAUGUGCUUUCUUGAUUAGGGGGACCUUGCGGGCGCUGCAGGAUUUUAGUCCUUCACAGCGUAGUGUGUUACCAGUUUUUUUUUUUUCUUGGUGACUAUGGUCCCUGGUACCUUGAGAUCAUUAACAAGAUCCUCCUGUGUAGUUCUGGGCUCAUUUCUCACCGUUCUCAUGAUCAUUGAAACUACACGAGGUGAGAUCUUGCAUGGAGCACCAGACCGAGGGAGACUGACAGUUAUUUUGUGUUUCUUCCAUUUGCGAAUAAUCUCACCAACUGUUGUCACCUUCUCACGAGCUGCUUGGCGAUGGUCUUGUAGCCCAUUCCAGCCUUGUGUAGGUCUACAAUCUUGUCCCUGACAUCCUUGGAAAGCUCUUGGUCUGGGCCAUAGUUGAGAGUUUUGCAAUCUAAUUGAUUGAUUGCUUCUGUGAACAGGUGUCUUUUAUACAGGUAACGAGCUGAGAUUAGGAGCACUCCCUUUAAGAGAGUGCUCCUAAUUUCAUCUUGUUGCCUGUCUAGAGGCACCUGGGAGCCAGAAAUCUUGCUAAUUGGUUGGGGAUGAAAUAUUUAUUUUACUUAUUGACAUGCAAAUCAAUUUAUAACUUUUUUGACAAGCAUUUUUCGGGAUUUUGUUGUUAUUCUGUCUCUCACUGUUAAAAUACACCUACCAUUAAAAUUAUCUAUGUGGGGGGUUAAAGGUGUUUAAAAAAACAAAACACUUCUUACCUUUAAUGAAAAAUGGUAACGUGCGGCAACACUUCACACAGCUUGCUCGCGGGAGGACAGGGGAGCUGCUUCACAUACCCCUCCCGACACGGAAGCAGAGUAGGCGCCUGCCGUUUCGGGCAGACAGGUGCCUACUCUGCAUUGAUGGCGAACCUAAGGCUGCGUGCCGACAGAGAGGUUUGCCAUCACUGACCUAGGCUGACAAAAAGACUUGCAUCCAUCAAGUUCAGCCUUUCUCAUGUCUGUUUUUUCUGUUGAUUCAAUACAUUGGAGGGGUUUAUGAUGAAGCAAACCUGCCAUGACUGUUUCAUUUUAAAGGGACACUAUAGUCACCAGAACAACUACAGCUUAUUGUAUUCUUCUAGUUAGUAUAAUGAUUCCCUUGAGGCUUUUUUUCCUAUGGAAAAUCAUUGUGAUUGGCUGAGAGAAUCACUUCUGAUGAUGUCAGCCAAGCAGGCAGGUCAGAGGCAGGGCCAGCAGCAGACGACUGAACUAAAGGUUAGAUUUUACUAUAUUUAGGGAGGGCCAGGGGAUGCUAGAUGGUGUUUGUAAACACUAUAGGGUCAGGAAUACAUGUUUGUGACCCUAUAUGGUUCCUUUAAGUUCUAAUUAGCCGGAAACAAUUAAAGCAAAAGAUGACGUGAAUAUUUUAUUUGUGGUGGUAUGGUCUAAUAAAUACCGGUAGGUGUGAAGUACUAUCAAAGGGGUUUCUUCAUUAGUGCAACAAAAACCUCUUUGUCAUCAAAUCUUUACCCUGUGACAGGAAUUAAAAUGAUUAUUUAUAAAACCACAUGUGCCACAGCUCUGCUCCGUGGAUAAAUAAAUCUACAUAAAAUUUAUGGCCACAGACAUAACUGAGAACAAUCUCUGCGGCAUGUUGUUGGACUCAUUCAUUAGUAAAGGUUAGCUGUUGUAAAGGGAGAGUGUGUCCUUUGCCCAACGUGUAUAAAAUAUUUUUAGCUCGGACCACAAUUAAUAUGUAUCCACAGGAUGAGGGUUUUGUGUUACUACUUGCAGAAUAUAAUGUUUUGUGCUUUCUGACAGGUGCGAUUGAAGAUGUUGUAUGCAGCUACACGAGCAACUGUGAAAAAAGAGUUUGGGGGCGGGCACAUUAAGGAUGAAAUCUUUGGAACGCUGAAGGUAUGUCAUUGAGUUUACUGUAUUUGUUUGAUUAGAAAAGAACAGUAAACUGCUUGAACAAUCAUGCAACCUAUACCUCAUUCGUGCCAAUUAUUUAAUUUAAAGGUAUAUUAAGCAAUGAGACAAACUCAUCCUAAGGACUUAUUCAAUAAACAGUGAAUUGUGGUGAUAUUUUAAAAAAUAAAAUGGAAAAAGUGAGACUCACAGACCUAGCUGUGAUUUAAAGGGACACUAUAGUCAACAGAACAACUACAGCUUAUUGAGUUUGUUGUGGUAAGUAGAAUCAUUCCCUUCAGGCUUUUUUUUGCUGUAAACACUGUCUUUUCAGAGAAAAUGCAGUGUUUACAUUACAGCCUAGGGAUACCUCCACUGGCCACUCUUCAGCACUCUUCAGGUGGCUGCUAGAGGUGCUUCCUGCGGCAGUGCCGCACUGCCAUUUAGUGUCUCCACUCUCUGCAUGGAGACACUAAACUUUCCUCAUGCAUUGAUUCAGUACAUCUUUAUGAGGAGAUGCUUAUUUUUCAGGGCUCUGUUUAGAUUGUGAUGCCUCCUUGACAAUAUCACUCAAUCCAAUGCUUUUGUAUACGAAUGCAUUGUAAUUGGCUAAGAUCACCACUUUUGAUGAUGUCCGCCAAGAACGAAGAUCAUGGGCAGAGCUUGCAGCAGCAGACUGGAAUAAAGUUAAGAUUUUACCAUAUUUAGAGGAGCAGGAGUGGCAGAGGGGGUUAGAUAGUUGUUUGUGUUCCUGACCCUAUAGUGUUCCUUUAAUGAAUAAACGGAAUACUACUAAGAGUUUGGGGAAAAGGUGAGUAUAGGUGAAUACCAGAAAACAUUUUUCCCAUCCUUUCAAUUUAUGCUCUUCCCUCACUUCUUUUCCUUCUCUUCCUUCCCAUUUUUCAUUUUCUAUUCCCUCCCCAUUUAAAAAUAGGUCUUUCCCCACCUGUCAAUUCUUUGGAAUAGACAAUUGUGCUGAAUAAUUCUGUUCCUUGGGGGGCGGAGCUUACCAGCCGAGCAAGCCGGACGCUCAUGGUGGGAGCUCCCGCAUCGGAAGCCCUGAUUCAGGGCUUUACGCCUGACCACCGGAUCGUGCCGGCAGCGGACAACCACCCUCACAUCCAGAAGAGAAGGCUGAGUCCGGAGACACCCGAUUCAGGGCUCUCCGCCGCGGGAAAGCCCUCAUCACAACUCGCGGCCUGCACAGGUGGGAGCCGUGGAGAGACGGCCGCUCUCCCGGUUCUCAGGCUGAAGAGGGGACACUCACACACCACUUCCCCCCCCCCCUUUGGACCGGUGGGGGAUAUCCCGGUCCCCACCAAUACGAGCAACAUCAAGUCAGGACAGCAUAGCAGACGCCACUGUACUUCCAAGCAGAAUGGAAGCAGAGGCGCCCAAGAUGGCGGAGGAGCUCAGCCUCACUUCACGUGGCAUGCUGCAGCCACAACACAGCAAAGACAAGCAAACAACAAAAGGGAGAAAGAGGGCGAACCAUGGCACAAGCAACACCCUUGCCACUCCACCCAAACACACCCAGGAGUUCUUUGACCGACUCUGCUCCAGUUUAUGGUCACAACUCCGGCAUAAGGUUCGGCCCUUUAAAGAAGCAGUCCAAGUAAUAGCAUUAUGGGUCCGACCAGCUACCAGGCGGCAACUUUCUAUGUACCCACAGCGAGCCCCCAGGGCGGCCUCCAGAAGGGGACGAAGGCAGAGAGCAAAGCAACGAGUGGCGAUGGAUUGCCCCUCGGGCGCCAGCACUCUUCCUCUCAAGCGACCACAAGCGACGGAGGAGGCCCCCGAACAAACGCCUGCACAGCCCCAGCAAAGCCUCACCUCACACAGACAAGAUGGCAACCGAGCUCAAGCGAUGGCUCACAACCGGAAUGGCACAGCCGCUGCACAGGAGAUAACCCCUACACAGAAACCCUCGAACAGCUCACAGACCUACACUGAAAGCCUGCCGACCUCUGGUAUCGGGUAAAUGGGGACACUAGCAACAAAAUGGCAGUCUGAUAUGCCACUGUGUUCGGUCAAAUGACUAACUAGCACCCCUAGUACGGUUCAUGCCAACCUACCAAUAUUGCGCACACAGGAACACCCAAAUCGGCUUUGUAGUCACUGUUAUUGAACCUUGUUUAUUGCAUAUUUUAAAUGUGUACAAUUGAAAAAGUUUGCAUUGUGAUGCGUUAGGUGAUAUAAGUUCUCUAUCCUUCUGCUUACUCUAACUAAAAUGUCUGAGCUUACAGGUAUGUCUGUCGCUCUGCUGCUCUCUGGUGGAUAAACUUAAUUAAGCUUAUAGAAAUCAGUUAUUAAUAACGACCUUAACUCGUGUCUUAACGACAAAAAGCAACUAACUAUUUUGUUUUUCACAACGUUUGCCCAGCAUGAAUGCCGACUUAGAUAUGUUUAGCGACAGUUAUCUUGAUGCAUUUUACUUAAUCUCACGCUGACGACGCAACUGUUUAACCAAACUUGUUAAAAUUUUAAAAAUGUGCAGACUCUCAUGCCACUGUUAUACCAAUGUAUGUUUUCCAAUACGCUGUUGUGGCGUCUGUUGAUUCCUUGUACCUACCUGCACAGCAAAAAUAAAGAAUUUAAAAAAAAAAUAAAAAAAAAUAAUUCUGUUCCUUGAAGAGAAUGUGAGACCUCCUACAUGCAGAAUUGUUAUCAAAUGUAUAGAUUGGAAGAAAAUACUCCCUCCCCCCCUUUUUUCUUUCAACAGGAAGACAUUGCUCUUAGUGGAUACCAGAAGCACGUCUCCUCUUGUGCAGCACCAGCUCCACUCACGGCAGCAGAGCGGGAAUUACAGCAAAUUAAAAUAAAUGAGGUGAGUGGCAAGUUAAACAUGGAUUGCUUACAGGUAACUCCAUAAAACUGGCAAAUAUAAGGGAUUUAAUUUCAUUUGUUAGCUCUUUGUAGAUAGUAAUAAUAAUUCAACUAUUUUGCUUCUGCUCAUUUUCACCCAGUGAAAGAUAAUUGGCUUAUUCCUUACUUUUAACAUGAUUUGUGUUGUCAAUUCUUGUUAUUCUAGUUCAAUUCUCUCUCUGAUGCAAUGUAUGGCUCAAAAAAAAAAAAAAUCAUCAUUUUGUUUUGAUGAACUCUUGUGUUUUUCUCUCCUAGGUAAAAACAGAGAUUAGUGUGGAGAGCAAACAACAAACUCUACAAGGACUUUCCUUCCCUCUGAGACCAGAGGCGGAAGAGGCCAUCUUGCUUCUAAAGCAGAAAAAAAUCAAUUAUAUACAGCUGGUAAUGAAGCUUCACUAUCUCCAUCCACUUAGAUUGCUAACUUAGAAUCUCCUUCUGACUUUGCAGACAAUCUUCAGUUUUUACCACCACAUUGGGACUACCUUCUUUCGAGUCUUACCUUCCCAUUAAUCAUGUUCUCGUUUUCAUAUUGUUAUUUGCUACUGUCCUUGCCCUGUUUCUUUUUCACUAUUCCUGCCUCAAUGCCACUUCAGAGGCUUUAUAUUCCGUUACCUCGUCCCAUCUAUGUCUCAUUCAACAUUAUUCUUUUCAGUGAGACUGCACACAGCAACUUCUUUUUCUAUGUUUAUCGUAUUGUUAUCAUUCUUGUAGAGACUGGAUUUAGAGAAGGAGACCAUUGAUUUGGUGCACACAAAGCAUACGGAGAUCAGAGACCUUCCAUCUAGAAUCCCACAAGAUACAGCUCGUUAUCACUUCUUCCUCUACAAACACUCCCAUGAAGGUGACCACUUGGAAUCUGUGGGUAAGUCCAUGACUCUGUGGUAUUGUUAGAUAUAUUCUAAAAUCUGCCUUUUAGUCUGUAAGGACUUCUUGUAUGAAGGGAUCUUUGGCUCUAUUAUCAGGACACCUCUCUGUCUUCCUGCAGUGUUUAUUUACUCCAUGCCGGGAUAUAAAUGCAGCAUCAAAGAGAGAAUGCUUUACUCUAGCUGCAAGAACAGACUUCUGGAAUCUGUAGAGCAGGCUUUCCAACUGGACAUUGCAAAGAAGGUAAACCUUUCCAUACUUUUCAUCUUGCAAGGUGAUUCUAUAAGACACAGUGACAUGCAACAAGAUCUGGAAUGUCAUCAAGCAAUUUUAAAAUACAUGCUUCUCUUAUAGAAGCAUUAGUUAAAAAAAAAAAAAAAAGAAUACUGUGCAUUUGAAAUUGCACACUGUGAAGUCACUAGUGGCCUUUCUCAUGAAAUCAGAAAAACAAACUGUAAUUAGGUCCUUUUCUGUUGUUAAAACUUAGCAACAAAUAAAAGGUAUAUUCUUCAGUACCUGUGAGAGGAUUUUGCAGACUGAGGACCUCUCUAGACACAAGUUAAUGUCUGUGCACUCUAUUGCUGUUGGUGUAAAUCAGUAGAGGUGUGAAUAGCACAAUUGCAUUAAAGGUGUCACUUUUACACCAUUCAGGCCAAAAUCUAAAAUCAUCUUUUCCCUUUGUUAAAGAAAUACACUUUAGUGUAACUUUAACAAUGUGUGGGGCCUGUUUACAUCGGAGUAGUUACAGGUUUAAUCCAUCCAAACUACAAGAUAAAAGUAUAUUGCUUUCUGCAACACAGCUGACCAAGAUGGAGGUACAAUGUGUUGUGUUGGCAUGACAGACUACCUUUAAAGCACUUCUGUUAAAACACAAUGGGAUGACAUCCACAGUGAUUGUUGCCAAGAGGUCAGACAAGGGAUUGGAAAAUGUAAUCUGGUUUUUGUUCAUUUUAACGUAGAGUUACUUUAUUUUCCUUUAUGCUAUGUAUAUUUUAAUCUUGUGAAUUGGGGACAUUAUAGCAGAAAUUAUAAUCACAAUGGUUUUAUGGUGCUGUAGUAGCGAACCUAGGACUUGCAGGUCCCAUAACCGUAUUUGAAUAUAACAAAGGAGCAUCAAUAUGCAGUAAACAUUUAGUCAGAGAACACAUGAAGUGGUACAUCGUAUCAACGUGUGGGUCAUGUGGUCUAGCUUGGUAAUCUGGUUUUUGAAUCCAUAUCCAACAUUCCAUAUUAAGCACCAGUCUAGGAUAGAACACAGCCAUAUGUGAACACCCAGAUCUGUUAGGCAGGCUGGUAUGUAGAACCAAUGAUAUUGCUGAUGAGCUUAGUUAUAUCAUUAUUGGCUCUUUAUCGUUGCAAGAAAAACAAAAUUAAAUAUUGUUGGGCAAUGGUCACCUUACAUAAUUAUUGUUCAUUAGGUAGUAGUCUAUGGAGUCAUCAGUCCUGUGUCUGUUUUAAGUAGCUUGGCAAAAAAAUGUAAUUUUACAUGUCCACAUUAGCAAAAAAAAAAGAUGUCAAUUGUAUCUAUAUUCAAAUGACAAUGACAUGCUGUUCUUCUAUAGUCUUGUUCUUGAAACACCAGUACAGCAUCAAAAUCCCUCUGUACAACUGCUGUCAUUUUUUUUUUUCCUUUCAGGUUGAAAUUGAAGAUGGCGCUGAACUAACCCCCGAGUUCCUCUAUGACGAAGUUCACCCCAAGCAACAUGCCUUCAAACAGGCGUUUGCCAAACCAAAAGGACCUGCAGGGAAACGAGGCCAAAAACGCCUUAUAAAGGGGCCUGGUGAAAACGGCGAGGACAAUUAAAUGUAGGACUCACAUGUUCCUUGUGGAACUGCCAAGUCAUGCCAGAAUCGUCUUCUACAAUGUGCAAGGGCCGCUGUGGUUCAUUUUGCUUUUCUGCCAUCAUACAAGAUGAGUUGGUGUGUGGGACGCCAGGGCAAUGCCUGCUUCCUUCUUAUUCCUUUUGUUUUCUUAAGUUGUAGCUUUCUUUUUCCCCUCCCAUUUCUCCUUGAUAACUAGCAUUCUCUUUUCCUGCAUCAAACCCAGAUUCUUGAUAUACUUGAACACAAAAGAUCCCUCUGUACAUACAUUUCAUUGGCAUGUUACUAUACACAUUUCACACGCAGCCUGUGUGAUCUCUUUAAUAUAGAACAAUAGUUGUCAAACCUGCAUAAACAAUGGUUGGUUCAUCAAUCCUGAGAGGAGCAACUGUUACAAUUACGCGAUAUGCCCAGAACAUUAAAUUUAACCCCCAUCAGAAACAUUGACUUAUAAUGCUGCCUGGAUAAUAUAUUUAGUGGUUCAUUGGAGUUUGAGGAAAGCCGACAUCAUGCAGUAUUUUAGUCGGUGAUUGAGUUUUGCACAAUAUAAAGGAUUAAUAGAAAUAUUCCUUCCAGGAUGGUCAGUGGUGCCUUGCAAAGAUUGUAGCUUAUUGUAGCUUCCACCAGUGGCAGGAGAAGGGUUAAUGAAAUGCUAUUAUUUUUUUAUUAUUAUUAAUUGGUGUAAUCCCAAGCUUAUAUAACAUGGGACAUUAUAAGGACUGAAUAUGAUGUUUGGGGUUAUCCACUAAAUCGGGACUUGUGAAGAAUUAGGGAAAUUGCAAUGGGAAUUUUACCCCAAAAUAGCCAAGUCGUAGAGCUUUUCCAGUUUUAUUAUUUUUGGCCUGAAAUGUGCUGUUUUCUUGCUAAUUCUCCACAAUUCCCAGUUUCUUGUUUCUCCCCUGGAAUGUUUGCUGCUGGAUUUCUUUAAUUGCUAUUAAUGUUAUCCUGGACGCUUAUGUUUGUUCCUGGUGGUGGUGUACAUUCCAAACUCCGUUUAUGGAAGAUCAGAGUCUGCCUAGGAAACCAUGUUCAGCACAUUUAUCUCCUCCUCUGCUCCUAAUUUUCUAAGAAAAAAAAAAAAAAAAGAAAAGAAUAAUAAUAAAAGUGAUUUACUUUUUUUUUUCUAGAAUAUAGUGGCUUUUCUUUAAUAAACAGGACCAUGAACGGCAAAGGAAUGACCACAUAUUUAUGCAUUAUAAUAACACUGUAUGGUGAGAUGAUAAGCUUAAAUACAUAUAACUUAGGUGCUAAUACUCCACAGCACUCCCUCAAAUACCCAAGCAAAAUGCAAUGUGAUAAAAAGGAGAUUGCACACUAGAUUGCUCCUAAGAGAUACACAUAAAUGUUUUAUUAAACCACACAAGGUAUAACAAACACAAAGCAAAACAUCUUAAAUUAAAGUGACAAC